AUGGUUUUGGCUUUAUUCGCCACUUCUUCAAUGGCUCAGGCUCCCGGCGCUGCUCCGGCUCAGCCACCCACCACUCCGGCCGUUCCUCCGCCGUCUACUCCUCCCCCAGUAGUCGCUCCCGCCACUCCACCACCGGCUGCAACCCCACCUCCCGCCACUCCACCAGCCAUGACCCCACCUCCUACCCAACCACCAUCAUCCCCACCGACCCAACCACCAGCUUCACCUCCUACAUCACCAACCCCACCACCAAAGGAAGGCCCGGCCUCAUCUCCGACACCAUCCUCUGCCUCGCCGCCAUCACCACCAUCUGAAGGAAUGGGCCCGUCCGCUAGCCCUGGACCCAACUCGCCGCCACCUCCACCGGGAGACAACGGCGCAGCCACCGUUAGCCGGGGAGUGAUGGUGGGCGGUGCUGUGGCGGGAGCUCUGUUGGCAAUGGUGUUUGCUUAG